AUGUCAUCCGACUUAAAGUUAGACUUCGGAAAUUGCCAUCAAGACCCUGUGAAGAUGGAUAGCGAGACAAGCAUGUUCUCUAUCGACCAGGGAGGAGAGUGGGACCUAAGCCUGUUCGAUGAACUGGAAAACUUUGGCGAUGCAGAUGAGCUGCUUGAGGCCCUUGAAAAUGGCGCCUAUGUGGGCGAAGGUCACCCUCUAGAUUUUGAUAUCGACAUUCCCCCCUGGAAUGAAACGGACACAAGCAGCACCUGCACAGAUGGCGAGGUGAGCGUGGACUCUCUGUCGCCUGCUCACACUCUGAGCUCCGUCCCCUCUCCUGCAUCCAUUGAAGCCCUGUCUCCCUCCUCCUUACAUGAUGAGGCACUAUCCCCACAGUCGCAACUUUCCCCAAUUUCAGUUUCGUCUGAGUCCAGUGGCUUUUCUGAAGCGUCUCCGCCACCCAAGAAGGUUGCAAAGAGGAGCACUCAGGGAACACGAGCCAAACCUGCUCAGCCUGCUAAGAGGCCAAUCCAGAUGGGUCCAAAAUUUUCCAUCCAGCCCAAACCACUUAUUGCAGCUAUGCCCUUGGCUCCUGCAGCGGCUCCCUUGCAGGCCAAGACGAUCAUCAUCCAGCCCCUGCAAACCGCCAUGCUGCCUGUCGUCAAACCGGCUCCAGUGAGCAUCCAACCGGCACCCUCUACAGGUCAUUCUAUAGUGCUGUCUCAGCCCAGCCAACUACUCCAGAUCCAGACUCCACAGGCCGUCCCUGCUAGUGUGGUUGCUGUGCCAACACUCAACCAGGACAAGCCUGUUCCGGUAGCUGCUCCCCCGAUGGUUUCUGUCACGCUUCGGACCCCUUCCUCAGACGAAGAUACCAAGUUCUCCCAAAAACAGCAACGAAUGAUAAAGAACAGGGAGUCGGCAUCGCUCUCCCGCAAAAAGAAGAAAGAGUAUCUGCUCUCGCUGGAAGCUCGUCUCAAAGUAGCUCUGUCUGAGAACCAGGCGCUCAAGUGUGAGAACGGCAACCUGAAGAAGCAGCUGGAAGGCCUCCUGAGCGAGAACUCUGUAUUAAAAGCAACAGCACCCAAGAGGAGAGCUGUGUGCCUCAUGGCGGUUCUGGUGUUCCUGGUGCUCAAUGUAGGACCAACCAGUUUGUUCCAGAGCAGCUCCCUCUCCAACUUGGACGUUGCUCCCAUGCAGCACGCUGGCAGACACCUGCUCGAGUUCUCAGCUGAGGCUGAGGCUGACGUGGUGCUGGGUCCCGAGCUCACCAGCAGACCUUCAGAGCUGCCGGACAGAUCUGAGGACAAGGCGCUGAUGGUUGUGAAAAGUCCUGACUUUCUUAGACCUCCUCCCCCCUGCCAGCCUCCUGUUAACAGGACCAAGUGCAUUGAGUUGGCUCAUGAAUUGAGGGGUUGGGUCCAUCGCCACGAAGUACAGCAGACCUAUUCCAGACGCAUGAGUAACAGCCACCAUAAAGCCAUCAGAAACAUUCUGCAGAAAACGGAAAAUAAGGAAGAUGAUCUCGUUCAAAUAGUCCCAGUCCCAUACGGAGAAAGAGCAGAGAAAAAAAAUCCAGGCAAUGAGGUGCAGAUUUACUACGCGCCUCAGCACACCUACAGUGACUUCUUUGAUGAGCUCAAUCGGCGUGCAGACACUUUCUACGUGGUGUCCUUUCGCAGGGAUCAUCUUUUACUUCCUGCCACUAACCACAACAAAGGGAGUCGACCUAAGAUGUCUGUCGUAUUGCCAGCUAUGAACAUAAAUGACAGCAUCAUCAAGGACAAAGAGUUUGAGGUGAUGAUGCAGAUUGACUGUGAGGUCACCGACACCAAGAUCAUCCACAUCAGGUCCUCUAGCAUCCCACCUUUGCUGCGGGUCAACCAGACGGACACGUUUUACCAGCGCGCUUCGACCGAUGGCAAGCCUGCGCCUCCUGUCGGCGUGCUCAUGGGCUCGUCUUAACCUUUUCUCUUCAGCACUUUUUUGUAACUUCCCAGCAAACCACAUUAAGAAGAAAUCCAAGACAACUCCUCAGUCAAGAACUUUUUUUUGUAAAUACAGUUUGUUCCCCAUGACUCCUUUACAGGAUUGGAUCCUCUUAGAAUAGAACAGGAGAGGCUGCCUGCUUGGGUGGCAACACUGACUUCCCCCCGCCGCCCCACACAUCACUCAGGGUAAUUGUUAGUCUGCAGGGAGCCGAGCGUUGAACUCUGAGUCACCCCGUCAUAAUAACACAACUUCUAAAAGCUCCCUGUGAGACACCUCUGUCUACUUUUUACCCAAUAAUAUUCGUUAAAGACAGUAAAGGUAUAUUUGUGAUGUUGGUGCUUAGAAGGUGUAAAUGUCUUCUGUCUAAACUUUCUUUAACAGCAUUCAGUAAACUCAGGGAGUUUUAGGUUUUAAGCUACUUGGCUUUAAUUUAAAUAUUCCAUGUGCUCCAUUUUCAGCACUUGCUCUAUGAGUAAAUCUAGUAAUUAGCUUCUAUGUCUUUGCACGAUGUCUUUGUCUCUUGAUCAUGAACGGAUAUUAAUACUGUACAUAUUUAUUGCUAAAUAUUAUGUAACAGUACAUAAUCCUGGUUCCAUGUGUCUCUUUCUGUUUUAUGUGUUUGCUUAAAAUUGUCCUUUUAUUCUUUUAUUUCUCAUGUUUUUUUGUUUUUUUUAUACCAACUGAAAUGUCCUCAAUGGUAAAUUUUUUUAUUUAAGAUGAAGGAAGAUGGAGAGAAAUAACACUUGAAAUGUUAAAAUGUAACAUUUUUGUCAGUCUUUUAAGAAAAAACAGACAUAAAGCCACUAUCACAAACAUUUUAAGACCUCUAAAGGCUUGCUUCUUUUUUUAUUUUUAUGAAAAUUUAAACCUGAUGGAAUUUCUGUGCGGUGUUUAUCUAUCCAACUACAAAGCAUCAAUGUAUAUUAUAGACUUAAAGAUUAGGAAUGAUGGAGCAUUGACUUUUGCAUUGAAAUGCCUUAUUAUUUUUCAUUUUGUUGUUGUUUUCCCCUUCUUCUCUUAAAGAAACAUUUUCUUUCUUUUAUGUGAAUUGAUGUGAACAAAAUAAUUUUUUUCUUUUUGUUAAUUUCGGUCAGUUUUUGUUUAUAUAUCUCAUAUAAGGCAGAAAGUGUAUUUCUUUUUGCAAAUGGUUUGUUUUUGCUGAAAAAUCAUGAAAUGCUUUGUUUUCCUUGUCGGGUUUCGUUUUAUGUAGCAUUUGUUGUUGUUGUUUCUAAGACAGAAUCCCUCAAACAUUAAUUUUUUUCUGUUCGCCCAACAAUAUGAAAAAACCUUUUUCUGAAGUUUUGUCUUUCAUGUGUUUAAACUGAAAUAAACACUGGAUUUUCUUAAAGUA